AUGUUGGCGACUGUACGCGCAAGCAGGGCCCUUUUUGAUGCGGCCGCCACUUCACGAUUCGCUCAUCAAGUGCCUGCCCGAAAUGCCCACUUUUUGUCGUCGGUGCCGCUGAAGAAGCAGGGCGUUGAUGGACAGCUGAAGGGCGAUCAUUUCGAGGGGAAGAAGCCCCUCGUGCUGUACUUCUCGGCGGGAUGGUGCCCGAGUUGUCGCCAACUGACUCCGAAGCUAUCGAGCUUCUACGAGAAGGUCGGCAAAAGCCGUGGUUUGGAAAUUGUUUGGAUCUCGCGCGAUAAGACCGAAGAAGAUCUCGAAGAAUACUAUAAGAAACUCCCGGACUGGGCCUACAUCCCCUACGGCGAUCCGAACAUCAAGGACUUCAUGCGGAAGUUCGACGUCAAAACCAUCCCGGUUCUGCGAUUGGUCGACGAGAAGGGGAACAUUGUGAGCGACGAGAUUCGGAAGGACGUUGAGGACAACUGGAAGGCCGACCCAGAGGGCAUCAUGGACAAGUGGGAGAAGCUGUACAAA